GGGUGCUUUAUUCCAACACAGCGAGCGCUUUGGCAGGCAUCACCCCCUCCCCGCCCCCAGAUGCUCCCCGGCAGCCUUUGGCAUCCUCCGCCCGUGCGCGGCGGUCCCCCGGUCCUCUCGGGGGGAGAAGCUGGGCUUCUGCCGCCAGAGCCUCUCUGAGCACGCUGUCGGCACAGACCCACCGGCAGAGAGGACAGGUCAAAGGCAUGCCAGCUUUUCCGUGAUGCCUGGCCAGUAACCUCAGCCAUGACCUGGAGGGACAGGCACAAGAGGUAGUUUGGUCUUCUUAGCGAGGUCAGCCCGGAGCUCUGCCCGUUGAGGAGAGACCUUCAGAGGUGUCGAAGGAUGAGUGGGAUAAUGCCGACUCCUGCUGCUCCCUGGUGAGCUGGGACACCAAACUCAAACCUCUUUAGACCUGAAGCUGGACUUUACCUGCAGUCCUGGUCUUAGAAGGAAAUGCUGUCUCUCCUCUGUGACCAUCCCUCAACUCUCAACGUCUUCCAUUGAACAAUUGACUUUUCCACGCUAGGAAGCAAGGAUCAAAUGGGUUGAGGACAACUGGUCCUUCUUGGCUUUGGCAAAGAGGAUUCUUUGGUGCAUUUUUAAGUGCCGGGCCAUGAAACAGUAAAUCCCUUCUUCCCGCGCUCCUGCCUCCUGCGAGCAGCCCCGACUGCGGUCCAAGCCAGCCAGUUAAAGGGUUAACCAGAGCUGGAUGCCUGAAUGGCUGCCUUGCUGAUCCCACGGAGGAGCAGAGGGAUGAGGACUCGCCUGGGCUGCCUGUCUCACAAAUCAGACUCAUAUAAUGAUUUCACAGCUAUUCUUCCGGACAAGCCCAACCGGGCUUUGAAGAGACUGUCCACGGAAGAAGCGACAAGAUGGGCAGACUCUUUUGACGUCCUUUUGUCCCAUAAAUAUGGGCUGGCAGCUUUCCGUGCUUUCCUGAAGACGGAGUUCAGCGAGGAGAACCUGGAGUUCUGGCUGGCCUGCGAGGACUUCAAGAAGACGCGCUCGGCGGCCAAGCUGGCCUCCAAGGCCCAGCGCAUCUUUGAGGAGUUCAUCGACGUGCAGGCCCCUCGGGAGGUGAACAUAGACUUCCAGACACGGGAGCUGACGAGAAGAAAUGUGCAGGAGCCCUCCCUCUCUUGCUUUGACCAAGCUCAGGGGAAGGUGCACAGCCUGAUGGAGAAAGACUCGUACCCCAGGUUCCUGAGAUCCAAAAUUUACACAGACCUGCUGUCUCAGACCCAGAGGAGGCUCAGCUAGAGCAGCGAUGGGGCCCUCAGAAACCACAUUCUUCCCACAACAGCCAAAACCCAUGUCUAAAUGUGAAACUUUCCUGGUGUUAAAAGCAGUGGGAAUGGGAAAAGAGGGAGAAGGGGCAGAGGAAGCUUCCAGAGAGUGAUCCAGGUGUGGUAUUAAGACUCUUCGACUUUCUGUGCUUUUUUUUUUUCAUUUUCUUAGCAGUAGCACCUUGCAGUUGUUGCCUCUCUCUAGCACAAACCCACCACCCUCUCGAGUCACGGGGCAGUCUGUGGGCAGGGCGGGUUUCCUUUGAAAGUGCUGGGUUGGUUUGUGUGUAAAUAACACCUCUCCAUCCUUCCCCACAUCUCCCUGUCUCUCACCUCUCCCUUGUGCUUGGAAGGGCCCCAAGGGCAGUUCUGACUCUUGUGAAGCCACAUCCAGCCCACGUCUCACACGUUGGCUGCUGGGGUCUGCACCCGGAGACCGAGGGCAGGGAGAGAGGACACAAAGGCACAGGAUUCAUUCCCUUUCCUGGAGUGGAAACCAUCAGCAAACUCACCUCACCCCAUUUUGUCUGCACACCUUAUAGCAAGGCUGCUACCCUGUCACUGCCCCUUUUCCUUCUGGGAUGGAGACUCAGAGUGUUCUCCACAGGACUGUCGAGGAGCUGAGUUUUCCUCGUGAGGAAGGUGAUCCCAAAAGCUCUCACUAGGCCCAGGCAGGCGAGUCUUCUAAUGUGAAUGAUUGUUUUUCAUGGCUGUUAUUUAUUUGUGUGGUGGCUCAGUCUCAGGGCCCCAGUCGUCAUUCAGGCUCUGUUGUGCUGGGCACUGGACCAAAACCUCGCACAGAAGGGGCUCCUGGCUGCCACAGGCUCGGUGGCUCCUCAGGAACGACCUGUAGGGAGACAGUGGAGAGAAGGAAUGUCCCCUCUGCCCCUACUGAGGUGUAAGAAAAGCACAAGACCCGUCUGCCACGGCAGAUGGCAUUUUUCAGCCGGUACCUGGCCGGCGCGUGGCAACGUGAAAAAUCACCUUUCUAUUUUUUGUUAUUUCCUGAUUACCGACUGCCCCUUCCCACUGUGGGUUCAGUGCCCUGCAAAGAGCUCCCCGAGACACGGACCCUGCCGCAGGGUGCUCGCUUCCAGCGGCACACAGGGGGCAUGGAGCGAGCAGGAUGGGUGUCUGGGUGUGCAGUGGGGUGUGAGGUACUCCUCAGGUGUUCCCAUAGCCUGGAUGGACGCUGCAGGAGAAGACUCGGUGCAGGUGUCAGGGGUGCAGCACCUCCUCUGUGCUCCUGCCAUCUGAUGGCCCCAUUUCCGUGGCAUUGCUGUUCCAGCUUGGCAGAUUCUUGCAAUAUUUUUGAGGGGAGAAGCAGACAGCCUGUCUGUGGAUUUGAGCCGACAGACCAGAGGUCUGUUUUCAUAAUUUAAUGAAGACCUUGAAAGCGACCCCGUGGAUCUUUUCCUUCUCUCGGUCAUCCCCAGACCAGAGGCUGUGAAUCUCUGCUCCAGCCAAGGGUGGUGGGUGGGUUUGAUACGUCAGAAAGCUGCUGAUAAAGACUUUGUGUAAAGUGCUGUAAAUGAGGUAGAAUGAAUUCUAAAGCCAAGCAUAAUGUGUUUGGAACAAGAUUAAAAAAAAAGUCUGGUUGGAUAUUAAAAAUUACUGCCCAUUAAUUAAGUAGGACACAGCUUUUUGAGCCUUUUUGCAGGGGUGAUGUGCAGGACAGCAGGACAAAUAGGUUUAGUAUCAAGACAGAGGUGGUAACCGUGCUGGGUUUAUUCUGGAGGUGUUUUCCUGUGAUCUCCAAGACUCUGAAGUCUAAAUACAGUGCAAGUGCAAACUUUUUGUUCAGUAGGGAAACCUGCUUUUCAGUGCCUGGUUGGUCGGCAGUGGAAUCCUCCAGGUCUUUGGAAGGCAAAUCCCAUCUCCAGCUGACUUUCCAUGAGGAAUGGCCAUUAAAAGCAGCACUGACCCAGCAUUCCUGGCUGUCCUCUGGCCCUGCAGGGACACCUGAGGAGCAGGGUGGUGACAGAGGUGGCACUCUGCAUCCAGGCUCAGUGACACAGCUCCUGGAACUGUUGGGGCACAGGAGACACAAAGCUCAAGGUCUGGACGAGGCAGUUUGACACAAACUUUGUGCUGCUUGCUCGAAAGCAGUGAGAGACAUCUGGAAAAUGCUCCAGAUUUGCCACGAUUUCUCCAAGGGCACCAGAUCAUGCAGGAGCUCAGUGUCCCAAAGCUUUAUGGCAAGCGAGGUGCAGUGAGAUGGGUGUGGGGACCUGCGAGAUGCAUGGAAAGAAUCAGAGAUGGAAGCAAAGCCACACAUCCAGUGGCUGUCUCUGGUGCUGUCUGGGCUGUAGGAUGGAGCCACAUCACCUCCACAGCCCCUGCCUGGGGUAGGGAGUGAGGAGGGCAAACCCAGCCACGCUGCAGUGGAACACUCGGGGCCUGACCUGCAGGGGAGGAUGGAAAUCUUCCCUCACUGGCUGUGAGCAGAGGCUGGAGGAACUCCCCUUUCCCAGAAACGCUGUCUACACAGGACACACUGGGAUCUGCAGGGGCACAGGCUGCUUUUGCAGUAUCCUGCCCCAAAAACUGAUGCCUUGGAGUGGCUCACUGGAACAGAGGCUGGACAGAGUUAAGAGGAUAAAGCAGGCAUUUAUUAAAGGCUUUCAACAGAUACACCUCGGGCAGUCAGAAACCUCCCAGAGGGGCUACACCCAGGAUGGACGAUGGUCAGGAGUUUUUCAGACAAUUAUUAAGUUAGGUCCAUUUACAUGUCAGGGGUUAAUUCUCCAAUUACAGCUUCAAGUAACGAAGUCAUAUUCCCCCAGUUUGCUCCCCCAAAAUUCGCUUUUGUUUUUACAUUUCGGGGCCUGAGGCAGUAGGGUGUCUUUGGAUCACGGGCCCAGAGUGGUUGUUUUGUCUAACUAAAAUGUGAAGACAUUUACCUAACACUCCACAUGGAGUUUAGAGCUAUGCACUAGUGCAGUACAGGAUUGGGAAAAUGUAAAAGCUAAAAUCUUAAGGCAUCAGCCCGUGGUCCCGGUUUUACCCGGUGAUCCCACUGCUGCUCAGCUUCCCAGCACUGUGGCAUCAAACAAGAGCUGCGAGUGGUGAAGGGAGGGUGCCCUGUGUGCCCCUGCCUUCCUCCUUUCCACCCUCCUCUUGCCUGCGUGUGCAAAGAGCAGCCCAGGAUGCCGGAGCCCAGCAGUCACAGCUUUCAAAGGGAAGGCAGAAGGCCACCACAACUGCCUUGUGGUACUUCUCUCCAGACAGACCUUCCGAGUGCGCUUGGGUGGUGCUGACCUCUAGUGCCAGCUGAGGCAGCCCAGACAAGGCUCUGCAGCACCUUGGGGACGGUCACAGAGACGGCCAGGCCAGGGGACACAGCAGGAACCAGACGCUUGUGUCGAGGAAUGUGAGUGGGGACAAUGCCCAGGCUCCCCUGGUCCUGUUCAGAGCGUGAUUCCAUCCCUCCACAAGACCCUCCAGCAGCUUUGGUGCUGUCGUGCUUUCAUUUCAUGUCAGAACUCAUGGGGAGACUUCAAAGUGGCCAACGCCCUGCAAACCCAAGCUCCCUUCUCUCCUCCAUCCACCUGGGGAAUUGCUUGGAGCAGGGCACGCCUGGAGAUGCCGUGGUGACAGGAGCAGGGAUCAGGAGCUGAUGUAGGAAAAGUGUUUUCCCCAUGAAGCUGGUGCCAGAUAAGGCUCUCCACUGGGAACAGCGUCCUAGAACACAGAGGGGAGCAGAAGUGUUGUCUGAGGCAUGGGAGUCUACCACGGUUAUUUUUGUUGCUGCUCUUGCAGUUUGUCUCUCUGGAAGGAAAGCAGACUAGUUGUUUAAAGUAAAAUUCUGUUUUUCUUAAACAAGAAAAUGGCACCAGCUGCUUCUUUUAUGACAAAUGCCAUUCUGAAGUGAAUCAAAAUAAGCAGCUUGUAGCGCUACCCCUUAAACCAGGGGCUGAUCAAGGAAAUAAUGACUGAGCCAAAGCUUUGGAAAGAGCUGAGUGCUGACUAAUCCCCACCAAGGACGAAUAUCCUAUCCUUGAUUCAUCUCUUCCUGGUGUGAAAGGGAUAUUCACAACCUACAAACCCAUUUCCCCUCUCCACAAGCACACACCUCCAAAGUUUUCCUCCUGUUUGGAGCAGCGUUAAAGUGUGUCAUCCCACAAAGAGAGAGGGGGAAAAAAAAGGUUCACUCAGUUCUUUUUAUUCUGUUUGCUGGCACAUAUCCACUCAGCUCCCAGGUAGUUUGAUGGCAGAAGGGAAAGAGUUUGCAAAUUUCCUUUCCCUUUUCUAUGAGCUUCAGGUGCUGUUAACUCCAGGAUCAGAUGCAGAACUCUAAUCUGUCUGAAGUUUCUCCUGCUUUGGUCCAUCGGCCAGGCUCGGGAUGAUUUCCAUCCCUUUUAGUGGACUCAUUAAUGCACCAGGGGGUCCCUGUUGUCCAUGCUGGGGAGGUGUGAAGGGCAGAGCCUUGCCAGUCUAAGCAGGGGAGGGGGAAAUUGCUGUGUGUGUCUGGGGGUGUGGGUGGACGAGAGUGCAUGUGACUUCAUCUGUAUCUUAUUUAGUGUUCUCUACUAGAGAAGCUUUUCUGAGACAUAGAUGUGCAUGUUAAAAUAGGAGAAUUAGGCGUAAAUGACAUAAACUGAGAUCUUUAGCCAGUGUUGUGUUUGCCUCGUGUAUAAGUCCGAGUAGUAGUAAGAGACGUAAAACUCUGCUAGGCUUCCAGUUACCCCUAAGAGCACAUGUAUCAAACUGAACUGAAUGUUCACUGAUAGACACAAAACCAAAAUGUUUACAGCAUUCAGAGCAAUAGCAAAGCAUACCUCAUGCCAGUCCUGGAGUGCCUCUCACCCGUCAGCGCGAGCUCUCCCCUCCCUGGGGGCCUCUGGCUUCUCCCUCCAAACUCCUCCUCUGUCCCGUCCUGGUUGUUUUUCCUCCUCCUCUUCCUCCUCCUUGAAGCACUCCAAACCUUCCUGUCCACCAGCACUGUUUGUCCUCAUCUGUCUGAGCCUGGGACUCGCCUAACCUCCCCCUGUUCGCCCCUCCUCCAUCCCCAUCCAUGCCUCCUCUCUUCCUUGCCUUUCCCUUCCCCAGACUCUUGCCUCUGGUCAUGCCAUCUCCCUCCUACACGCCUCCUACUGCCACUGUAAAGCUCCUGCGAGCUCUUCCUUGCCUGUUAUAUUAAGAACAAAACGUUUCACAUCAUUUCUGCAUUAUCUUUCAUCCCUGGGGCUGCUGCAGUUGUCUCCUUCCUUGGUGCUGUGCUCUCUCCGGCAUCGUAGCAUUAUACCCCAGAACUGGAAUUAAAGUUCAUUUUGCUGCUAGACCAGAACGCUUCUCUCUACCACGCACCCCUUGGGCUUUGCAGAGGCUCGUCUUGUCCCCAAGUCUUUCGUCUUCCUUCUUUUUCUCCUUCUUCCGUGCACGCUGCACGUGCCGUGCUUGUGGCUGGGGCUGGCUAGGGGAGAGGGCGGCCGUGCUGGGGUCACUCGCAGCUGGGCACCCCCGUGGCUCUCUGGUUUAUAAAAGCAGUCUCAAUAAAGGUGUGUGGGUUGUA